AUCUCUGUACUAUAGCUAUAAAAUGGCAGAUAACAAUAUUGUGGGAAUUGAGUACAACAGAGUUACCAACACAACAUCCACAGACUUCCCUGGGCACUCUUCCAACGAAGAUCAAUCAUGGGAUAUUGAGAAAAUCAAGAACAGCCUCGAAGUGAAGAUCAGUAAGCUAGAUGAGAGAGAGUCUAACUUUGAUUUAGUUCAUAUUGACACAUCUAUUGCUAACGCUUUACGGAGAAUAAUGAUCUCAGAAGUUCCUUCUGUUGCUGCUGAAACCAUAUAUGUGUUCAACAACACCUCCGUGAUUCAAGACGAGGUUUUGGCUCAUAGAAUCGGGCUCAUUCCUUUAAAAGCAGAUCCUGACUUGUUGACAUGGGUUGACACGGCUCAGGACGAAAAGUCCAAAUAUACCGAUGAAAACACCAUCGUUUUGACAUUGGAUGUUACAUGUACACACAACCCUAAUGCCCCUAAAGGUUCCACUAAUCCCAAAGAGUUGUACAGAAAUUCGCAUGUGUACGCCAAAGACUUGAAGUUUGAACCCCAAGGAAAGCAAGUGGAAUUGUUCAAAGGAAAUCCGGUAACGGCAGCAGAUCCUAAUAUCUUAAUUGCCAAGUUAAGGCCAGGUCAAGAGAUUUCCUUAAGAGCUCAUUGUAUAUUGGGAGUUGGUAGUGAUCAUGCUAAGUUUUCUCCAGUUGCAACUGCCUCAUACAGAUUGAUGCCAGUAAUUGAUAUCAAACAACCAAUUUCUGGCGAACAAGCCAAGAGAUUCCAAAGAUGUUUUCCUCCUGGAGUUGUAGAUAUUGACAGUAAAGGUGAAGCUUAUGUGAAAGAUGCAAGAAGAGAUACUGUUUCAAGAGAAGUAUUGAGACAUGAAGAAUUUGAUGGGAAAGUCAAAUUAGGAAGAAAAAGAGACCAUUUCAUCUUCAAUAUCGAAUCCACAGGCGGAAUGCCACCUGAAGAAAUAUUCAUCAAAUCGAUCCGUCUUUUAAAGAGUAAAGCUGAUUAUUUGAGAAACUGUCCAAUUGGCCAGUAAAUGGGAGGAAGUGAUAUUACAAGCUAUCAAGCUUUAUGUACAUUAAUGCAUAACUACACUAAUUGUUUUCUUGAUCCCUUAAAGAACAAUUGCACAACUGUAAUUUGUAAACCAGCCAUACCAACCAUCAACAACACUUCGAAAAUAGAAAAGUAGUAGAUUCUAGAUUCAGUACUCUUAACAGUGGCUUGGUUUCUGUUGUUUCUGGUCUUGUAGUAUUGAAUGGCUCUUAACAAUUCAUCCAAUUUUUGGUCGAUUUUGUCAACAGUCUUGCCCAUGUUUUCAAUAUGAGCCUUUGGUUUGGCAUUUGGUUGGUCUGGCAUGUUGGCCUUGAAGUCAUUUUUAUCAUUUUCCACCUUAAUCUCAAAGUCAAUCACCUUUUCAGCGUAAGUAGACAUGCUAUUGGAGAAACACAAUUCGUACUCUCCGGCAAUAUCGGCAUUGAUUAUGAAAUCUCCUUGUCUCUGCUUGUCUUCGGUAACGAUCACUUCACCUCUUGGGUUCUUUAUAGUGUAGUCAACAUCAAAGGCACCUCCACUUUGAACAGCAAAGUAAUAACUGAUAGAUGUCCUUGGCUGGUCGGUAAACACACCAAAGCACACAUUUUCAUGGGCCCCCAAAAUGAAUGUCAAUGCGGCUUGGGAUACCAGGCACAAGGCGCACACCAUAAGUAACAAAGAAAAUCUCAUAGUGUGUUGCUGAGUUUUAUUGUGAUCCCAAAU